UGUUUUCAAAAUGGAACUUGCUCUGUGAUCAUCGGCAAGCUAAUUUUCUUGAUAAAUUUCUCCUUGCCAGGCCUUAGUUUUGCGAAAUCAAUAAUGAGCGACGAUGAAUCAAAUAUUUUCAAAGCUGAAGAAGCCAUCAAGUUUUUAGAAAAUGGAGAUCCGAAAGUCGAGACUUCCCUAGCAGUUGAAAGGAUUGAAAGUGUUGCUCAUAGCGAUGGUCUUCCACCUGAUCAACUUGUGAAUUUAGUCAAGAUAGCCACUAGUGGAAAAUAUGAUGAUAGUAUUUCUUCAAGACUUGUCAGAUCCCUGAUUCCACAGAAAUCAGUUCCUAGUAUAACAGUCGUGAUCAUAGCCUCAAGGAUUUGUAAUAUCCAUCUAUCUAUGAGGAUAAAGAGUUUGUUAGUUCGAUGGAUUAUACUCAUCUUUAACUUCAUUGAUGAUCUGAAAGAUGUGCAUUCUCUCUAUGGAAUCUUCUUCCUCCUUUUGGAAAGUGAAACUUUGUGUCCUCACUUAUGCCAUCUCUUGUAUUACCUGACAAGAAAGGAGGAUGUGAAGAAUUUUAGGAUCAGAAAACUGCUGGAUCUACAAAAUCACAGGGGAGUGAAGCCUUAUCAGUCUGCCUUACUUUCUGUUUACAAGAUACAUUGUCCAAACCUUUUCACCAUGACAGCAACAGCUUCAACUAAGAGAUUAUGGUUCAAGGAAACCGAUGAAUCCUGGAAAGAGGCAAUCAAGAAAGUUCAGCUCAAAUAUAAUGCAAGAAAACCAGUGGAAAGUUUUUUUCUUCCAGUGAGGACAUCUAAUCGUGUUGCGGUGACAAAGAGACGAAAACUUCCCGGAAACAUCAUUCCCGAACUACAGACUACCACGAUAAAUGAAAAGAAAACUUCCAUCGAGCAGCUCUUUUCCUUUAAGGAUCUACUUGCAAACAUUGAAAAUAUAGAGUUUCCAAGUCAGGUAGCCUCAGUGAUCAACUCGCCGUUCCUGCAGCACGUUUUGAGCUGUAAUCCAGACUUUGUCGUGUUACAAAGAUUCAACUUCUGGGUCAAUCAUACCUUGUGCGAAGAGUUACUUAACAGUUCAACGUCAAAAUCUGAUUCUUAUACCUGGAUGUUGUUGCAGCAUUUAAACCACUUCACAGGCUUCCUCCAAGAAUCUGUCCCGGCUGUGGAAGCUUUCUUGGUUCGAUUCCUUUUUACAUGGAACGGACUGGAUUUCAGACCAUUGAUUCUUCAGCUCGUAACUCAUCUUAGUAUGUGGCCGUUUCAACGUUUGAAUGAUUUAGUUCUUGAACCGCUUAGAAAACUUUUCUUUUCAUCACCAAUUUACGUGAAGUGUCAAGUUAUUUACUGUUUUACUGAACUGCUGAGAAAUUUCUUAGCGGUUGAGUUACCGCGGCAACAAGAAUUACUUCAAGAGGAGCGUUCCCAAAGAGCACGUGAUCUGGCUAAUGUCUCGUUGUUUGUUGAAGACGAAGUUGAGGCUUUUGAUCCUCUGAAGACCAUUUAUGAUUUCAUACAGUUUGUGGAUAGGGUUUGUGUUGUGGGUUUGCAGGUCGAAAAAGACCAUGCGCUGCUGCAGCAUUGGGUUUUAAACUUCUUUGAACUGGUUUCAACUUCCCAUCAACAGUUUUCUUUGCCAUUUGUCCUUAUUCCUUCCUCUGGGAUCAUCUACAGAAUGUUAUUUUCUAGUAAUUCCAUGGCUUUGUCAAGAUUGUGUCAAAUCAUCGUCAACUUCAAGAAGGAGUUUGAAUCUUUGAAGAUAACACAAGGAGAGUCUCAGGUUUCUCCUUUGGGGUUCCCCGAUGGAUUUCAAAGCAUCCAGAGAUUUAACCAGUAUAUCUUAGAUAUCUGUGACAGUUUGUGGAGAAACAAAGCUUUUAUAGACAGAGACAAAUCAUUUUGUUUCAGCAUGCCAAGCUCGGUGACAGACUCCCUCGAUGUGCGUCAUAUGAACGAGUUGUUCUCAAUCCACCAUCAUAUAUCUUUGGCAGGGGAGGCCUGGAAAUUUCUUCAUCAGACUCAGCCGACCGGGAUGAAGCUCACGCCAAGUCUUAUCAAGGGACGCUCUAGACGUGCUUACAUGGAGUUUUUGAGGCAGAGAAGCUUUGGUGGGAUUCUGGUAUUUUUGAAAACAUUUAUUAGACCACGUUCAUGACAUCAGCUCGCAGAGUGACGACGGUAGUGAAGACUACAAAUACUCCAGUUUUAACGGCCCUUUUAAAAGCUGCGUGACUUCAAACAGAAACAGAAGCCAAAGAGAGUUCACAAUUACAUCGAGGGAGAGUUUUUCUUUACUCUUUUACUCCUGACAUAUCUCCUUUGAGUAUUGUUGAGAAAACGAUUUGAAACUAUAUAAGAGGUGACAGACGUCAAACAUGAAAUAGAAGUGUUUUGGAACCGGAAUAAGCCUUAUGAGUCUUCAUGAAGGACUAUAUACCGCAGCUUAUGUGCCUUACAAGUUUAAAUAUUCAUGAUUGCGCCUAUUAUCAUGUAAUAUAUUUUUAAGAACAAAAACGUUCGAGGUAAUACACACUGCCAAGUCUGCCUAUGAGACAUUGUGAAAAAAAGUUUUAUUGUUCAUUAUUUUUGGAUUCUUAUACCUCUCAGAAAUGUAUUUAACUGUACCGAUAUCAGCAUCUUGUAAACUAGGUAUGGCUAAUCUUGUAACAAUAACAAACAAGCAAACUGA